AGGGAAAUUUCAUGUAACAGCUCUUUAAAAGCAUUUGGUCAACAUAUCUUUCUUAAAUGUAUUUCCAUAGGUUUAACUACACCAUUUUACUCUGCGUCAUUAGUUGAAACAGUGCAAUCUGAAAUUGCAUCCGAAAGUCCUGGUAUAUUGGAUGUCUUUAAAGAUGGUGCUAUUCGCUUAGUUGAAGUAAGCAACAAGGGUAGAUUAAUUCCUAUAUAUGCUCUUCUACCACCAACUAUCGCCUAUGGAGUUUCAAAAUACCUUUUUACCAUGACUGUCCAACGAGUUACUCAUUAUAUUAUGCAGAGUAGGCAAAAACGUUCUCAAGAAUUAGGGGGCGCGUACAGCAGAUCUCUAUCGUCGGACGAGUUUAUGAUAGAUAUAAAAUUACAGUCUACCCUGAUCUCUACAUUUAUGGCAGAUGUAUUGUUUUAUCCAUGGGAAACAGUGAUUCACAGACUUCACCUUCAGGGUACACGUACCAUUAUUGAUAAUCUAGACACUGGACGAAGUGUAACACCAUUAUUAACUGGGUACAGUGGUGCAGGGGAUUGUUACAAUACAAUACUUUCAACCGAAGGCCCGUUUGGUUUAUACAAAGGUUUUGGAGCUCUUCUUUUACAAUUUGCCGUACAUAUAGUAAUAGUACGGACGGUGAAGUGGAUUCUAACAGAGUUAGGAACGACGCUAACAUUGAAAUCAAAAUCGGCUCAGAAACCUCCAAAUUGGAGGAGGUAAACGAUGUGUACGUAUUUCAUUUUUCAAUGUUAAUUCUGAACAUAUUAUUAAUAUCUCUUCUAUAUCUAUUAAAUGAAUAAUUCUUCAUAGUAAGGAGAUCAAAGAAUAACAAUGUAUAAUAAUUUAAAUCCUUUCAGUAUCUCUGAGCAGCUUGAUUUUCAGAUGCAUUAGAAACUCUUGUAAACUUAGUGAAAAUAAAAGUAAAUUAAGGUAAAAGAUACUAUACGCGUGCGAUUAAUUAAACCUAAGCUUUGUUUAGUGAGAAACAGAAAAACAUAAACAAUCACGUUUGUGUACAAUUACAAGAAAUAUUCGGUCUAGGAAUAAUUUAGUACCACGUUGUAUAUUAUUAUAUAGUAAAUUCUUAUAUUGGUGAAAAUAAGAAUAUUGAAACAAUUACAA